AUGUUGUUGCUUCUUGCUACGGUUUUUGCCAUGGGCCUUGGCAGAAGCCUUGAUUACCACGACCUUCAACUGGUGCCUGGCAAUAUGUCUCAGCUUGUGUUUACCAGCACCAAUUACGGUGAAGUGGACUUUGACUGCGAUGGAGCCCCUUCGGUGACGUCUGCGGCACAGUGCUUCGGACCACCUUGGGGAAAUUGUCCAAAGGGAACUAGAUGCUUCAUGAAAGACAGUGCCACCACAGGGGAGAUUUAUGCCGCAUGCUGCUGCAAUAUGACAACAACUCCUGUUCUCAUGGUCGAGCAACAGCAUUGGUCGUGCUUUGCAAAGUCCGUGAAACCGCCUGGGCAGCAAUUGGCGCCAUUCUGUCAAAUCAAGUGCUGUGAGAGGCCUUUCACUGCCCGCGCCUGCUACGGUGGGCCACCCAUUUGUUGCAACCCCGAGGAGGUCUGCGGAAUUACGCUCGAGAGCCAGCCUUGCUGUGCGGCAUAUCAUAAAGAGGUUGGGGCCAAUUGUUGCAGAGAGCAGGGCAGCACUUGCUGGGACAGCCCCACGCCAUGGCUAGUGGUUCCGUUUCUCAAGGGAAAGCCCUGCUGCGUGGAGGAUCGACCAGAGGUGCUUUGCGUCUCAGAGCAGAGUUGCAACCAGGGCUUUGGCACGGCACUGGGCGGGUGCAUCGCUCUAGUCCUGCUUGCUGCUGCACUGCAAACUUCGUUCUACUUGAACAUUAGCGGGAUGGAGUAUUUUUCUGGCAGGUGCCGUUGGCGCCUCAAGAUGCUCUUUGCCCCAGUGCUUAUGAUUCUUGGGCUUCACAUGGUUGUCUACUUCAGCUUUCAGGACAUUUGGCAACACUUAACUUCCAGUCAAGCUGGCACAUUAUGGUUUUGGUGGAUGUACUGGAGCUUGGCGGCCAUGCAAGUGGCAUUUUGUAUCUUUGUCAGGGUGUCGAAUUGCUGCUGCCCACGUUCACGCAAUCCUCGUGCUGCUUCCCAACAGAGUAGAAGUAGCGGCUUGCGCAUUGCUGUGCCGAUCAACAUCCAGGCCUAUUGGUUCUUGGAUGAAGUGUACGAUCGAAACUUGCAAGAGCUGGCCAAUAAACUUCAAGCGGGUGGUUGGGAGGUGCUGAAUGGCUGGAAUGACUUAAAGAAGGACCACGUCAGCGUUUUGCUAGAAAUUCUUGAAAAGAGACUUCGAGGAGCUUGGCGGCCAACGAUAUUGCUGUAUAUAUCGUGCCAUUCCCGAAUGGUGUUUGGCUGUCCCCAGUUUCUGCCAGUAGAUGCUGGCAGGUGGGGUGAUGGAGUGUCCAUCUUCAGCCUCGUGAGGAGGCUGAGUGACGUUGUUGGAUGCGGGGAAGCGCGUAUUCACGUGAUGCUGAAUGGUUGCAUGGAGAUUCCCGGCCCUCUUAAGCGAUUCAUUUGGUGCUUGAGGUAUAGCCACAGUCAGGAGGACUUUCGCCUGUCCAGUCGUCGACGUCUUCUGCCGAACAGCGAGGCGCAAGCGUGGAUGCUUUUUGCCUGUCAUCCCGGACGCUCUGUGCCAGGAGAUAUCGAGAGAGGAGGAAUUUUUACGCGGAAGAUCUUGAAUGUCUUGGGGAACAGACUCGGGCCUGAUGAGUCUCGACUUGAGCGACAUUAUGACGAGCUCAUGAGCACCUUGCGCCUUCGCCAGGAUGGUGUGAACUUUCACGCCUUUUUGAUCUCGACCGGCCAUGCGAACAACGCCAACCAGAUAGAUGUGCAAUGCGAGGACGGCCGCGCGGCGCCGUUGGAGGAGCCCCAUACUCAUCGUGCGACGCCAAGCAGCGCUGCCGAUCGUCGGCUCCUGUCCAGUGUUAGCUUUAGUAGGUGCAAGGAUGCAAGUUGGCUGAAGUUCAGACAAGCUCCAAUGCUCCACGUGGCGAAGUGCUCCGAGCUGGGUCAAGCCUGGCCCUUCGAGUCGCUCGUGCCGCUGGAGGAGCUCUUGAAGCACUGUGAGGCCUCCCUGGCCGGAUGGUCUUCGUGCGCGAUUUACAUGUCGCAUCGCCCGCGCAGAGACGGACACGUCUUGCACUCCUUGGGCGUGGGACCCCGAAAGAUCUUCCAAGAACGCGCGGCGCUGCUGGGUUUGACCUUGGGCGCCCUGCUGUCCUGCGAGAAGGCCGAGCAGAAGUGGCAGGACUACAUUGGCCCAGGAGCUCCAUUCGAAGAAGCAGCCAAAGUUGCUCGCUUGCUUCCACGGACCACGAUCAGGCCGGAGAAAGGCCCUGGUCCUCAACACGCCUUUCCUGCCGAAGCGACCGACCCCGUGCCGGCGUCCUCGACUUGCCGGGCCGUGCCGGGGCGGCACGGUUCCGCGCCGCCGAGCGCAUCGGAGGCGCAAGUCACGCUCGACGAGGCUCUGCAGUGCUGGGCCCAGGGCCCAGCCACGUGGAGCAAUGACCAACUGAUCGCGACGCCUUUGGAACGGAAGGAUUUAAGAGAGAUCGAGCCCAUGAAGGAAGACUGCCUCCAGCAGAUCUUAGACCUGGUGCGGCCCACCUUCCGGGACAAGCUCAGGUCGCCGGCUUCGCCGCAGCGGGUGUCCUUGGACCUGGUAGGUUCCUACCUGCCCUGGCCGCGGAUCCUAGCGGCCCAUGAGAAGAUGCCUCAAAUCAUCGGUUCUGGCCUGGUGUCCUUCCGGUUGAUGAUGGACUGGAACAUCCUGGACCAACAAGAACCUCUCCUCUACUUCGAGGCCGCGGAAAAGAAUGGCCAGGUUCAUACAUUCCACUCUUUAAAGAGGACGCACCAAAGUGAACAGAUGCGGAGGACACCCACGGCGAGUGCUGACAGACACAGUGCCAAAAGCCGACUCCCUCGCCCACGGGGCGCCCGUGGCGGGCGCCGUGCUCGCCUCGCGCGCGGGGCGCGCGCGCCGCGGGCGUUGCACAGCGCCCGGGAGCCGGGCUCGAGCCGGGCUCCGGGCAUCACGCUGCAGGGGCAGUUGUGCCGAGAGCAAGAGCUUCGGCACUCCCGAAUCAUCAAGAAGCUGGACCCCUCCGUGUGUCCGGAGGCAGAGAAGAGGUUCAGAGCCAGCAUCUUCCGAGCCAGUCAAGAUAUCCGCUAUUCCCACGCGGCCAUCAGUCAACGCUUUGCUCAAGGUGAACACCAAGGUGAGCUGGUCAGUCGAUUGGUGGACGACCUUGUUGCUGGGCAUGUUGAUGCAGUGAACCUUCCACCAAUCGUGGUCAUUCGCUGGCAUGGCACUCAUUACGUGAUCAUGGGCAACCGACGUUUGCGUGCCUACAAGGAAGCCUACGAGAGAGGCCAUGAUGUCGAAUUCCGCGUGAUCGUGCACCCAUUCCCUCAGCUGGACACCCUUCAGGAUCCCGAAGAACAGCGUGCCUUCAACGCCAAGGUGGUGAGUGCAAUGAGUACCAAGUCAGAUGGAAAGGACGUGCGCCUCCGAAGCCGGUCCCCCCUUCGACGGCCUGGCCGCCGCCCGCGCAGCCCGGAGCCCCGCAGGGUGCGCCUCCGCCCGAGGCCCGCGAGCGAGGCGGAGCAGUCGCGGGUGAGCAGCUCGGUGCAGUGGCGCAAGGAUUUGCUGAAAAGGGUUCAGAGCUUGUUGAAGGAGAGGCCUCAGGGAAGCAACGGGAAGGAUGAGACGGUGGAUGUGGAUGUGAUCGAGGUGAGGGAAGUGAGGCCCCAGAAAAAGGCCAUGCCGCGGCCGGCCAAGAAGGCAAUGCCAAGGCCCGCCAAGAAGGCGAUGCCGGCGCCGGCACCCGCCAGAACUUCUGCCACUUCAGUACCUUCGUAUGUUGAAACGGCUGAAAUUCGACUGCUGUGA